CAUUGGAUUAUUAAAUUCUUAGUUCUUAUUGUGUGUAAGUUAUUGAUGCAAUGUAAAUUUUGGUGUGAUAAUGUUAACCUCAAACUUAGACAUUUGUAAUAACGGUUUUAUCUGCUACAAAAACAAUAUAAAACGUAGAUAGUACCAGGUAGAGUCAGUAGUCUCAGAGUCAGGGGAGAAGAGAGGGAGUGCACUGUGUAGGAGUAGACAGAUACGUAGCAGUGGGUUGAAGAUUCUCGGUUGAAAACUAACAGUAUGUUUCAGGUGUGUUGUUCUUGAAAAGGAGUGGUGGUGGUGAGUUGGAGGGUUUGUCAUCUGGUUCAUCAUUUUUAAUCAUACUCAUACUCAUUCAUACUAGUAGUAUACUAGUCAUACUUGUAGAAUUAAUAAUUAGUAGGCUAAUUAUUAUUAUGAAUAUAAUAUUAAAUUUAUAUAGUAACUAUUGACUAUUGUAAGUCACUUUGUGAGAGGUAUAAAGUAUACUAUUAAAUCUAUUAUUAGCCUAUAUUAAUAAUAAUAAACUUUUUUUCUUCCGUUUUUUUUUUUAGUUUCAAUCAUUUAAAAAAACAAAUUUCAUGUCCUUAGCCUUAGGCCUUAGGCUUUUCAUUUUGAAAAUGAAUAAUAAUAAUAUGAAUAUAAAUAUAAUUAACCCAUUUUUUAAAUUUAGUUUAGACUUAGUGGCAAUAGUGGACAUUCACAUCAUAGGCAUGGGCCUAGAUCUAUUCUAAAACAUUAGUAAAAUUGUUUAAAUUGACAUUCAUUUACAAUUUAGGCCUAAAUAAAGCAUUCUUAUAACUUAUGCUUAUAAUUAUAUUACAAACUUGAGUUGAACCCCAAGUCAGAGGUCCAAGACCAUUGCCGACUGAAUAAAUACUUAGGCAUAGUAAUAGUAAUAAAAAUACAUAGGCAGUUUCUAUUGGUAAAAGCUUGAAGCUGUCAAUGGCUGUCUCUCCAGCAGUGCUGACUUGGUGUACAGAGUGCCAAAGGGGUCCGUUUUGGGCCCGGCUCUAUUCACAAUGUAUAUCAGGUCACUGCUCCUCUUGCUCUGGAGAGCCAGCCAUUCGCAGAUGACACACAGCUAUACAAGCAUACCCAUCCCUCUCUUGUCGAUUCUGCUGUCCGGACUUUGCAGGAGAUCAUUGAUAAUGUCAAGACAUGGAUGACACUCAGCAAGUUGAAGCUUAACGAUGACUAAAUGGAAGCACUCCUUAAUCACGAUCACAAAUCAUCAUUAAGUCAACUCUCCCCACUUCAUUUCAUGUGGGUAACUCCGACAUACAGUUCACAUUCUCCGCUAUGAAUCUUGGUUAUAUUCUGUCUAAUAACAUGUCUCUCGAUAAUCAUAUCUCUCAUAUUUGUCACUCUGCAUACACCGCUAUUUGUCAGAUCAGCUCCACCCACCACUACCUCACAGUUAGUGCAACAAAAAUCCUAGUCUGUGCUCUAAAUCUCUCUCGUCUUGACUGUUGUAACUCUCUUCAGGUUCACCAAAACACUUCCUAGAAAAAUUACAAAAGGUUCAAAACUCAGCUGCUAGGGUAAUUCUAAAGGCAAAAAAAUGUGAUCACGUCACACCACUACUUCAUUGGCUCCAUGUACAAGCACGGAUUGACUACAAACUCUCUGUUCUCUGUCACAACUUGUUCUCUGCCACAACUUUUUCUCUAAUUCCUCCCCUUCCUAUCUAACCGAACUUCUCUCUGUCUAUUCACCCCUUUGACAGCUUCGCUCCUCCACAGACGCGAGUAUUAUUUCUGUCACACAAAAACAUAAGGUGAAUGAUCGUUUGCUUUCUGUGCCCUCAAACAAUGGAAUUCUCUUCCACUACACAUUCACAAUUAACAAGAUCAUCACUGCCUUCAAAACUUCACUCAAAACACAUCUCUUUAAACUUUACUAUCCCGACUGAUUUCCCCCCCCCCCCCUUCUGAUCGAUAAAUGAUACUGCUGGGUAGCUGUCCAUGGCUCGACAUGUAAAUAGUUCUUAGACAAAUUAACAAGAUCACCACUGCCUUCAAAACUUCACUCAAAACACAUCUCUUUAAACUUUACUAUCCUGACUGAUUUCCCCCCCCCCCCUUCUGAUCGAUAAAUGAUACUGCUGGGUAGCUGUCCAUGGCUCGACAUGUAAAUAGUUCUUAGACGUGUGAAGUGAAUAUACAUUUGUUUUGUUUUAGUUAAUUAAUGUAUGUUAAUUUUUAAGUUCAUGAUUAUGUUUGUUAAAUUGUAUGUACAGCGUGGUGAGCCUAGCCAUAGGCUGGGGUACCGCAAAAAAUAAAACCACAACUAAUAAUAAUAAUAGUCAAUGUGUGGUGUGUAUAAAUACAAGGGCAUAUUAUAUACCAUAUAGGCUAUAGGCCUUAAUAUUUUUAAUUCAAACUGUUUAGUCCAGUGCUUGGGUGAGCAGGGCAAGAUCCUUUAAAUCAAGGUUUAAAGACCUGGUGCAAUGUGACAUUUCAGGGGGUGUGAGAAAAAGUGAUUAUUGUAAGAACAGUGGAGCCAUUAACUUUUAAGUUAUGAAAUGAAUGUUGUUUUAUCAUGUCAUGUCAUUCAAAUUUUACUUUGUCAUAAAGUUUAUGUAGCCUAAGGGGCCACCCUUUAAUGUUAACUUCAUGUUAUUUUGGCAGACUCCCCCCCCCCCUCCCCCAAUCGUCACAAAUAAGACAAUUUUAUCACACAUCUUCACAUAAUGUUUAUUGAUUGGCAAUUUCGAUAUAAAAGUAAAUAGUACAUUUUUAUCAAAUCAAUUUCAAAACGCAUUUUACUUUUGUGGGGCUGCACGACUUAGUCAACCAAGAACAAGUACUAAGUGGUCUGAAUUUAGAAAAGGUUGGGAAACCCUGCUUAAACUUAAUCAGUCAUUAGUGAAAGUCUACUGUCUGAAAUAUUGAUUAUUUAAUUUGAUGGUACAGCAUUUUUUUAAAAUAUAUAUAUUUUGUUGAAAUACUAGUAAGCACAUAAUUUUUAUAGUCAAUUAUAGGUAUAGAUUUAUUUUAUCAUGCUAUACUUCAAGUAUUAACCUAUAUGAACAAGACAAUUCAUGAAUGUUAAUAAUAAAAUCGCAUUUUUACAGAAGUGUCCUAAGCCACGGCAAAGAGUCAAUUACAUUAAAUUAGAUAAUGCUAGCUUAAGUUUGUCAUCAAAUCCAUGGAAACAAAAUCAAAUGAUGUGCUUUUGUUUUCAUAAUAGUUAUUUAUGAAUUUUAAGACACUUAAAAGUGAAAUAGGCAAGGCAAAGAUUCUAUAAGCUCUGUGCAGUUGAAUGAAAAUGUGGUGGAAAAUAAGAUGUGUGCACCUUUUCCUGACAAACUGUUCAUUAAAAAAAAAAAUGAUUUAAAAGUGAAUUUUUCUCUGAUUGUCUUUAUUUGGUUUUGAACAGAACAGAGAGGGAUUGAUGCAGCUGUCAAUCCCCUUAAAAAUAAUGUUAAGUAAACCCUAUAUCUAAAAGAGAAGUUUAGAGGAUUAAAAUAAUACCCACCCUUGAUAUGAACUUAGCAAGAAAUAUUUUGUUAAAACAUGAUUGCACAAUGUACAGUCAACCCUACAGAUCACAAUAUUGAAGCUGAAGUCCUAAAACAGAUUUACACUCAUGAGAUGGGGAUGGGCACUAAAUAAACUCUGUAAAAUCUUUUACUGCCCUAAAUGAAGUUAUAUCUCUUCUUCUUAUAUUUGAGGGGCCCACGAUCAAUUUGUUGAUCAUUCUAGCUCCUGGUUUAAAUUCAGAGUUUGCCUUCUCUUAGAUAUUUAAUAUUAUUACUAAAAGGCCUAAUGUUUGCAGAUGUGCUUUUGGCAAUAAUUUUAUCAUAGACUUGUGAAUAAGAAUUAAUUGAAUUCAAAUUAUUUUUCAACCUGACUUGACAUUAAAUUGUAAAAAUUGAGCUUUAAUUAAUUUUGCUAGAUUUUUUUUCAUUUUUUUUAAAAAGUUUCUUUUAAACUUUGUAGUAUUUUUUAAAAUCAAUAUUCAUUAAUGAGCAAAGAUCUGCUAUUGUGUACCUUUAUGAAUUUUAAUAAUGUCUUUUUAAAGAUGUAGUGCAGGAGAAAAAUUAAUUUUAAACCAAAUGAUAGGUUUAAGGACAUUUAAUCAGCAAUUUUUACAUAUAUUUAAGUAUAUAUGUAUGGUAUCCUUCCAUCUUUGCGAUGGAGUAGCUAUUGACGUUUUAUCAAACGGCUUACAAGGCAGAUUCUGGAAUGGCGGUCUUGGCUGUAUUGCUUGCAUGAGAACCUUGACUCAUGGUAAAAUUUGGCCUUCCAUAAUGCUCUUUUUGCUUUUUUCCCUUGCAUCUUCUGCUGUUUUGACUCAUUCAUACACUGCUGUUCACCAGUUGGAAUGGUGCUCAGUGAUGAUCUCCCAUUCAUUGAUUUGUUUGUUGGCUUCCCUCGUGUUCCUUAAAUCACAGCCGCGGCAGUCCAAUAAGUCUUGCCCCUUCUGCCAACUCUCCAUACAGCAGAUCCUGUGCAAUAUGGCCUUCCUCCAUCUCCUUACAUGGCCUAACCAAUUGAAGGGGUUGCUUUUUUUAAGACUUGAGAAACUGCUAUGCAUUUUGGCAAGUUUCAAAACCUCAAUGUUAAACACUUGUCCUGCCAUCAGAUACCCAUGCAGACAUCUUUGGUGGAAGUUGUUAUUUAGAGUCAGAAUUUAAAUAAUAUUAAAUGGAAACAUUGGUUUUUUUUAGCUGUUAUUUUUUAUUCAAUUAUUUAUUUUUCGAAAUUAAUGCAUGAAGCCAUAUUCAGUUUUCACCUUUUCAAUUAAGAAAUAUUUUUUUCACACAAAUAUCAAAUAAUUUCUGCAUAACAUCAAAACACCAGAGACAAUUUGCUCUUACAUGUAUAAGAAUAGUGAGGGAAGGAAUGUGUUUGAAGAGUAAUAGCUCUGAGUCACUUUGUAUGUUACCUAGACAGCCCUAUGGCCUAGUUAAACAUGAAAGCCAACACAAAUGAUCUAAGCCAAGCUCAACUUUGUGCUGUGGUGUAAGUGUAAGCUAUUUUUUUUUCUGGUUAAACUGGUUCAGGAAUUUAAUCAGCCUCUGAAAAAUAGUUUAUAUACAAGUUUAUAUAAAAGUUUAUGUAUAAAAAAUUAAUUCAAUUAAUUUGAUUUAGCAGUAAAAGCCACUAUUAAAUAGAUUCUCUUUCCCAAUAGUUGUUGUGAUUUAGUUUAUAAUACUCAGAUAUUUGUUUGUGUGCAACCCAACAAAAGGGAUUCAUCAUUUGAUGUGACCUACUUUAUCCUUCUCCACUCCUGCCCUCCUCAGCCCACAGUUUCAGUUAAUGACACUGGGCUCACACUGGGGUUGGGCUGGUGUGCCCUCUGAAUGAGCUCAUGCAGGGUAAAUAUAGCAGGCAGGUGUCUUGGUGUGCCACUGCUUCAAAGCCAACCUGUGUCUGGUGUGUAGUUUCCUACUAUAAAAUUAAUAGGGACUAGCUCAAACUCUAGAUAAGUAACAGUUGUAAGAAAAUUUAUUUGUGCAAUGAUUUUCAGCACAUACAUAUUAUACUACAGUAUCAUGUUUUGCAUCUGUUAAGUACAAACGUAGAUGCCAUUAUGUUUUGAAAAAAUUUCAGUAUACAGUAUACUAAUUUGGUUGAAUUGGAUGUGCCUUGUGCCAUAAAACUGAUUAAUCCUGUAUCUGCUCUCAUAGUUCAUAGUUAUCCACUGUAUAAUGAUGUUGCAGUUAAUAAAGAGUUGCAGUGUGCAUUCAGUAAGGGGUUGGCCACCUUUGAAUGUGGUUACUUGACAUGCUCUCUGGGUUGGCUGAACACAAACUGCUAUGUUAUGUUAUGUGUGUAGGUGGGAUUAAGGAGUGGAGCAGGGCUUUCAAACCAUAGAACAUCACAUUGUGUGUCAAAUAUUUUUCAAUGGCUGUUUUCAUUAUUUUAUGUUACGGAAUUUGGGCUAUCAAUAAAUUAUAAGGUUUGUCUCUAACUUCUAAGUUGUGAAUAAUUCAAUAAUGCAGCAGUUUAUUAAGUAAAGUACUUGUUACUUAUGCUACUUAUGUUUUUACAGAUGUUACUUAUAAGUCAGAAUACAUUAUUAGUAUUUUAGUUGGCCACAAAGGAGAACUAUACAAUUUUGUGAAAUUAGUGGAAUUUAAGCUAAUUCAUUUCAUGAAUUUUCUUUUUUUUUUUUUUUUUAAUAGUUCUGCUAGAAUGUUUUUUAAUUGAAGCAACAUUUCAUUAUAAACAUUUGGUGUUUAAAUACUAACAUUUUUUUUUUCUACCACAGAACUGAGGUAAUCCUCUACAACAAUGGUGCCUGCCCUUGGCCUGAUAUAUCUGGCCUGGGCUAUAUCAUGCCUUACCCUAAGUCAUUCAGCUGUAGUUUUUGAGCCCACAAAAUGUUGUAUCUGUGACACCCUCAAGCCUUCUGAUGUCCCCAGUAAUGUCCUGCCCCAAGUGAUGCCCUCUCCCUUCCGCAUUGUUGUGUCUGGUGAAAGCUACCGACCUAACACAGAAGUCAGAGGUAUGUGUGUAAAGUUCGUUCUUUUCAUAGGAUUCCCUGUGAUGCAUUAUCAGCUUAUAUAUUGAACACAAUAUGUGCUUCUUUGGCCCAAAGUAAGCUCAUCUUUCAUAAAUAAAAGGUAACAGGUUAGGCUAUCUCCACUAUCUCACUAUAAACACACAAUCAAAAGAAGAGAAUCAUUAAAAUAAUUCUCAAAUUUAAACACCAAAAUGGGGAACUUAGUACAUUUAUAUUGGAAUUUUAACAUAACAGUAUUAACCGCGAUGCUUUCAAUGAAUUAUCUCUGCUUUUUGUUUGGCAGCUGAAAUUUGUAUGCAUUUUAUUUUUAUUUAAGUUCAGGGUUCACUGAAAAAAAAAUGUUUCUUAAAAAGAGACAUAGACUUUAAAAAAAAAAUAAGUUAAAGAAAGGAAAAAUAAAACUAUUUCUGUUUUCUUGUAAGUCUUAACAUUUCAACAAAUGUUUUCCUUUUCAGUAAACUUAACAUCAAUAGGUGGUCGCUAUUUUCGAUCUUUCAUUUUGGCUGCUUAUAACUACGAUGGACACAAAUUCAGGAUUGGUCAGAAACCUAUCGGUCAGUUUAAAUUGCUGCCUGAUCAAGAUUACCAAACAAAAACUGAUUGCAUUCGCACAGACGGUGCUCCUGGGACAUCUAUCACUGCUGUGAGUUUUGACAUUAUAAAGCAAUGAGUAAAAUACCCCUUCUCUCCUCGUGUCACUGUUGUGAGUUUUGACAUUAUAGAGCAAUGAGUAAAAUACCCCUUCUCUCCUCAUGUCACUGCUGUGAGUUUUGACAUUAUAGAGCAAUGAGUAAAAUACCCCUUCUCUCCUCAUGUCUCAUACAGUAAACUCAAUAAUUUUCUCAAGACCGAUUAUAUUUAUUUCGUACGAGUUAAACUCAGUAAAGAGUUAAUAAAAUUAAUAAAUGAAUUAUCAUGAAUUACAUCUAAGUUGCUAUCAAAUGCAUCAUCUGAAUCCAUUUUUUGGGGGAAACUUGCUAGCCAUCAGUAAACAAAAACUCAAAAUUUGACAAUUUUUUUUUAGUUCAUCCACUCAAGAAGGAAAUGAAAUUGGUAUAAUGUGCACACAGCAAAGAGAAGAAUAUUCUUGAAUUUUUCUUGUAGCUAUGUAAUAUUGAUGCUGAUGUGUUAUGUGUUCACCUGUCACCUAACAGGCUUGAAAUUGACUAUUGCACAUUGUUUGUAGUUUCUGUGUCAAUAUGGCUUUUAUGUGGAAAUUCUGGUAUCAUCAUUUUUGGAAUGUUCUGGGCCAUGCAGUGCUAUAAUUGGUUUAAAAAUCGAAUAAUGGAUUCCUGAGAUAUGUGUCUGUGUUUGUUUUUUCUUAUGUAAAAAAAGCGAGUGAACACAGUGUUUACAUUACAGCAUGUGUGCCCCUUUCUAGUGAGCUUCCACUCAGGAUAGAAAUAUCAUAGCCAGGCCUAUGAGUAGAUACUAUAGAGACGCAGUUGCACAUCCAGACUACUGCAGGCCUCUCAGUCUGCGCUAUACCAAGGCUCAACUACUGCUCUUCGACACUGUUUUUGUUGACACCCAGUGUGUACAAGUGAUUGAAAGACUGUUUCAGCUUGGCCUAAACUGCGCGACAGAGCAGGUAUCAAGUAAGCCAAUAGGCACACGACGAAAGAAGACGCGUCUUUAUUGCAUUGGUCAUCGUAAACAGCGUUCACUGAAAUACCGCCAUGUCGACUGCAGUGACAAUAUUAUUGCUGGUGGUGAUCGUUAUUUAGAGCCUUUUGAUGAAGCUUUCAGUAAUGAGGAGGACAACGGAAAUCAGCCACCUACUGUGUCAUCAAUCUUGCCCGCUCCCUACGUGUCAAGGCUAAGGUCACAGCCAGUGGCCCAUGAUUACGCACCACCUCGUCGGGGCGUGACGAAAUCAAAUCUAGUAGUUGUCCACUGUCAGCCUUUUGUGAGGCCGCAAUCACGGCACUUCGGGGUGCUGUAUUUCAACUAGCAGUCAUGCAGGAACAAGACAUUUGAGGACCUGGUGUUCAUUACGGAGACGUGGUUUAAGCAGAUCGGAGAUGUCAAGCUGCAAGAACUUACAAACCCGGACUACCUCCUUCAUUCUUGCCCAAGGCUGUCACGCAGUGGCGAGGGUAUUGCCGUCCUUUACAGGUGCUCCAUCAAGAAAAGUGUGGCGUUCUCAAAAUCGGACCAGUUUGUUUCAUUUGAGAUUUGCAAGAUGCAACUUAAUUAUUGUGACCAAGCGAUUACGCUUCUGUACAAAUACAGGCCACUUCCCAAUAAGCGAAAUAAGUUGAAGGUCUCCCAGGUUACUGCUGAGUUUAUACAACUCCUAGACACGUACGCCUCUACAAAUAACAACGUCAUCAUAAUAGGUGAUACCAAUAGCCAUUUUGAUUCCACCACUGACAGCUAUGUAAAGACUCUAAAAUCAGCUCUUGACACAUAGGGUAUGAUCCAGCUUGUCAGAGUCCCGACACAGAAGAAAGGUUCCCAUUCUGGAUUGGCUUGUUGUCAGCUGUGAUCUGCAACCUUCUUAUUGAAGAUAAAAUGAUCUCUGAUCACUUUCCCAUAUUCUUUGACUUGAGGAAGCCUGUGCACCCUUUGCGCACUGUCACCUUUGAAAAAUUGAUAUAGUGGCCUUCAGAUGUGACGUCGCCGCCCUCAGCUGCAGUGAAAAAGACCCUGUGACAGACUACAACAAUGGCCUUUGAGUCAUCAUAGACAAACAUGCACCACUGGCCACACGGCGCUUUACGGACCGCCCUUUCGCCCCAUGGCUCUCGCCUGAAAUUAAGGACGCGAAAUUAAGCAGAAGCAGUGACGUGCAGAACGCCAAUGGCAGAAGUCGGGUUUGACCGUGCACCGACCAAAGGGAAUGAACCAAAAAGUUGGACUGAGCAUAUUAGUCAUCAGAUGAUAGACAGCAGCUCAAGCAAGGACUUAUUUGGCAUUGUGGGUCUGCUGACAGGUAAAUACAAGGAUACAUCUCUGCCAAAUAAAAUUGCUGUAGGUGAGCUGCCAGACGCUCUAAAUGACUUCUUUAUUAUGAAAGCUAAGUAGAUCAAGGUGAGACUUGACAGUUGCAUCGAUGCUGCCCCAGAAUUCUCACUCUUUAACGGCUCUCCUAUGGGUGAAUUUGUUGAAGUCAAUGAAUCGAAUGUGAGGAAAAUCCUGGCUGAUACCCCAAGAAAGUCAUGUUCGCUUGACCCUCUUCCAGCAGGGCUGUUGUAUGAAUGUCUGGAUGAAAUAGUCCCCAUCAUCACUUGUAUCAUGAAUUAGUCCUUGACAACUGGUAUUGUUUCAUCCUCUUUAAAGAGGCGGUUGUCACGCCACUGUUAAAGAAAGCUAAUAUUGACCCAAAUGUGAUGGAAAAUUAUCGCCCCGUCUCAAAUCUACCAUUUGUAUCCAAAAUUUUAGAAAAAGUCGUUCUCCGCCAACUCCUGGAUCACUUUAUUCAGUGCGACUUGCUUGAACCUUUCCAGUCAGCAUACAAGGCGCAUCACUCUACUGAGACAGCACUGUUGCGCGAUUUAAACGACCUUCUUGUGAUGAGAGCCAGAUAGAUCUUUUGUCACUACUUGAUUUAUCAGCAGCUUUCGAUACGCUUGACCACGGCAUACUUCUUCAACGUCUGCAAAAAAUUUUCGGUCUCUCUGAUACCAUCCUGAGAUGGUCCCGAUCGUAUCUGACAAAUCGGAUCCAUCCAGUUAUUUCAAACGGCUUGACCUCGAAGAAAUCAAAUACGGAGUACCCCAGGGCUCGGUCCUAGGCCCGUUGCUUUUCAUGAUGCACAUUCAGCCCCUGGGUGUAGUGAUCAAGCAGUUUGACAUGCAAUACCUUGUUCGCAGACGACGACCAACUUCAUCAAUCCGUGAUCCCCUCUCAGUUCCCUCAGCUUCUCAGUUUGACACAGAACACAGUGGAGUCAGUUAAGCACUGGAUGACCAUAAACAAGCUCAAAUUGAAUGAUGAUAAGACUGAGCUGAUCCCCAUUGCUAGCGCUCAGAAGCAAACAUCUGCAAAUAACACAACAUCACUUACUCUCUCAGGUGUGCGUAUUGAGUUAGCUCAAACAGUGCAUUACCUGAGUGUCUACCUAGAUAGAAAACUAACUUUGGAAAGUCACACUAACAUGCUAUGGAAAGCGAUUUUUCUAGAGCUGCAGAGGAUUAGUCACAUCAGGCCCUUCUUAACAAUUGAUGCAACAAAGAGGCUGAUGUCUGCAUUUGUGCUAUCACGCAUGGACUACUGCAAUUCUCUCAUGGUGGGUCUUCCAGCUACACUCCUGGAUAAAAUUCAAAUAGCACAGAAUAAUGCAGCUCGCAUUGUUCUUCGCAAAUGCAAGUUCGACAAUGCUAAAACACUUCUGAGAGAGCUGCACUGGCUGUCGGUCCGCGCUCGCAUAAAUUACAAAAUUGCAACUUUUUGCUACCGCUGCUUACAUGACCUGGCGCCGUCCUAUCUCAAAGAGCUACUGACGCCUUAUGUACCCACUAGACAACUCCGCUCAUCCGAUAGUGGCAAAGUCUCGACACCACGUGUUCGCCUUGAGACUUAGGAAAGCGCACUUUUGCAUUUGCUGGCCCAACAAUUUGGAACGCCCUUCCUGUCGCUCUCAGAAACAACCAAUUUAAAGACACAUCAAUUCCGCAAACACCUUCUGGAAUGAUGUUGUCUACCACAUUUUCCAGUUAAUGCAUAUUGGCUGUGUUGCUUAUGAUUGAAAUGGGUAGAAAGACUUUGACUUGGUAUGCUUGUAAUUAGUUUUUGUAGUGUUGAGUUUGUUUUAAAUGUGGUAAAAAAAUAGAUGUGGUUGACUUUGUACCACGCUUGGAGCCUUUGGGGAUGAAGCGUGUCUUUCAAAUAAACUUUAUUAUUAUUAUUAUGGGUGUCCUGCGGAUAUAAAUGUGAAAUACAUAUCUUCGUCGAUCAGCGUUGUUUGAAUAUUUAGAAAUUUUUUAUAUCCCUUCAAUUUGACCAUAUGUUCAAUAUAACAUGUCACUUUGUUUUGUCUGCAUCUAUAGUUAUCCCUGUAAUUGAACAUUGAACAGAGUGUCAUGAUGCUUACCUGUUGUAUUGUAAUUGCAGUAUGCCAUUGUCAGUGUGGACACCCAACUGAAAUCAAACUUGAGAUUUGUUUGGACAGCCAACAGAGGUUAUGGUGAUGUGGAAUUCAGGUAAUGCUACAUUAAAAUAUUAGUGUUUCUAAAACCAGAGUAACGUAUGGUAGGACUUAUAUCAUAACUAGUUGCUAGUAUAAAGAUAUCAGUCGACUUGAUUAACCUGAAAUUAGAGGAGGUGGGUGUGUGGGAGAGAGAUGACGACUAUUUCAUAACAUUCUUGAAUUGUAAAAAGAGGUGGUAAUUAUUGAUUAUAUAUGUAUGUCCAGGGGUCAUGGCGGGAAGUCGGUUGUUCUUCAUAGUUCUAAUUGGCAGAUGCUGCUUGGUGGGAUAGUUGUAAUCAUGAAUGCCUGAGAAUACACAAAGUAAAAAGUGGGGUGAGGGCGGUGUGUUGAAUAAAAGAUUGAUAAAUGUAAAGAACAAAAUUGGUUUAGGGUUAGGGUUAGGGUUAGUGCCUUAUUAGUACAGGGAAUAUAGAGAUGGACCAAUCAAGCUGUUGAGUUGACUGCAGCAACCUAAUCACUGAUUGUUGGUCUCAGCUAGUUUACACAUACAAGUAUAGAUUUCACAGACAUUAUAUGACAUUCUCUACACCAUCCACAGAGCUACAUUUAUAGAGGAUCAUGAUACAUUCUGGGUAGCUGAGAAAUCUCGUCCACUGUCUGAUUUGUCUUCAGGGAGUCCAUCACUGGCAGUGCGAAAGGUACACAUUUUUUAGCAUUAUUCUGUGUUGAAUUUUAUGUAAGUCUAAGAUUUCAAAAUCCUUGUGCAAUUUGCAUUUAUCAAUUCCCUAUUCUCAUUACACAUAAUUUUUAUUUAGAUCUGGUUAUUACUCGGUUACUUUUCGACGUCAACUUUAUUCUAAGCUGAGUUUCUUAUUCUUUUGUUGUUCUGGUCAUGGACGAAGACUUUUUCAUUUUCAUUUUUAUGUCAAGCUUUCCUAUAUCUUGAUCUUAAUUUUUCCUUAUGUACAUUUCAAACCUCUGAGUUUCUGUGUUCUCAUGCUGUUUCAGGUUACACCUCCUAUCGAUACCUCGUCUUGCGGGGAUGAUAAAGGAUGUUUCAGGGAACCGCCAGGAUGCGCUGAGUAUGAAUGCCGCUACAUUCUCACUUGGGCUGGAGACAACCAAGCAAUGAACUUUGAACUUGGAGGGCUGGUAGACACUGCAAGUGACCGUUAUGUUGCAUUGGGUAUUUCUGAUGACAAGUACAUGGUACGUUGGUGAUAACAAAAUUAAUUAGUGAUUAGCUGACCAAAAGCUUGCUUUGUAUUUAAAGAUUACAUAUUGUAGGUAGCUCUGAGUGGUAAGAAUAUAUUGUUCUCAAGUUGUAAUUCAUGAUUCAUCUGCCACUUGUUGUUUGAAUUAGAAUUUAGUAAAAAUCUCAUUUUGAAGAAAACAAUUUUUUGUUUCCCUGAUAAUAAUAUAUAGUGUGAAUCCCUCUUUUAAAAUAAUUAUUUAACUACAAAUAUCUGCAACAUCUACAAAAUAAACAGCAGCUAGAUAUUAUCUUGUAUGUUAGAGCAGCAUUUCCCAAACUCUUAAGUUUGGCUGACUGUAAAACACUUUUCAAAAUUUAUGUAACCAUAAAUAUUUAUGUUGUGCGGACCAAGAACAUAAGGUUCGGGGUCUGCUGCCAGUCCGCUGACAACCAUUUGGGGAAUGCUGUGCUAGAGUACUAUUCAACAUCAAACUGUGUGCAGUAGUAGUAAGCAGAGAUAAGUUUAUUUUCAAAUUGCUGCUUUUUUUUUUUUCCCCCAACCAAUUAUUAUUAAUUCCUGAUACCAAUGCUCAAGUUACAAGUAUGUAAGGAGGUUUUAUUUUGAAAUGUAACACAGUGUUGUCUUUCACUUCCUUUACCAAGGGUGAUGACACAGUGUUCACAUGCGCCCACAACUCUCUGAAGGAAAGGACAGAAGUGUUUUUCUCGUACAACACCAAAGACCCCAAGAAGAACAAUGCGAUACCAAAGUACAUAACCUCCAGCUCUAGUAAUUAUGUUGCUGUAAGUACAUUAUUGUUUAAACGGCAGAUAUCCUAUUACUGUCGGGUGGGGGGGGGGCGCUUUGUUAAAAUAAAAAUACUGUAAAUAUCAUUGAACAAUGGGUGAAGUACUUUUUCUUAUCUGUGUUUGAGAGAUUUAAAUAUGUCGACAAAACUAAAUUAUUCUUUUAUUUGAAUAUCUGGAGGAUAGUGCACAUUGGCAGAUCUGUUUACUCUUAUGUUAUUGGCGUACAAUGUAUGAUUUUUUAAAGAUAUUUUUUACGAUUGUACGCUGAGACCUGUCAGCACUACGAUUUUUAGGAGAAUGGGUUACAAAAAUAUACUCCGGUUGUUGUUUUUUUUUUUUUUUUGCAAUUUAGCAAAAGUAAAAUAACCUUUUUUGGUUGUUCGUUUUAAUUCCUUUCUACACCUAGUGGUGAAUAAACACAUAUUCAUAUUUCAAUGUGGAAAAUGUCAGGCACCUUUUUUUAUUUGCAAUAAUGCACUGUAUAUAAACGUAAGUCAUCUACUUUGAGAAGUAACCUUAUUUAGACAUGUAAUGCGAAAAGUUAUCUUAUACAUUAAACUGUAUAUUUAUUUACUAUUACAAUAAGGUUUCGUAUGAUUUUGAGAUGGUAAAGCCUUAUUCUGAGACUAUAUUGUACUAUAUUGGGAGUUCCAGUGUAAGCAGGUCUUGUUAAGUUUAGCUGUCUAGUGUCAUUAUAAUGUUAGAAAGUUGAAUUUUUGUUUCUUUCAGUCUGAAAGACACGUUUAUGACGGCCUGAUCGAAGAGGAGGGUUCAUUUGAGAACGGACGUCUCCGUUGUCGUUUUAGGGUUAAGCGAGAUCUGGACCUAACAGAACCUCAGCUCAGGUCACUGAGAGGUGGACCAGCUCAUCUGCUUUUUGCCCAUGGAUUUGCAGUUAGAGGUAGGGUGUUUUUUUUCAUAAGAUAACUUCCUUGCUUUUAAGGAUGAUAUUAACUGCUGUAGCCAACUUGUCUUUGGUUUGUUGCUUUGAUCCCGCCAUCCAUCAUAUAAUAUGGCAGAUCCGUUGACUCCAAGAUGACGGAUGAGAAUUUAGUUGAAGCCCACAACAUCCAUUUAACCGCUGUUACUCGUGAUAAAACACAAGAUUAUCAGCCCAAAAGGACAUUUAACACAUUUACCACUCCUUGACGCCAGAGAAAGCUUUAAAAACUAUUACAAAAGCUGAACAAAAAAAUAAUCACAGAUGCAAUCAAGUCGCCCUAAGGGUGGUGCUCCCGGAAGUAAACCCUUCAGAAACAAUGAAAAGCUACUCAAAUAGGGAAGGUCACAGGUAUUUUUGUUUUGUUAUUUUAAAGAUUUUUUAUUGGAUAUUGUUCUGAAAACUAUUGGAGAGGGAUGUCUCAGACAGUGCAGCUGCAACACUGUCACAAUUUUUCUCUUGUAUAGUUCUUUAACCCUAAAAAGCAUUCAAAAUUUUGUAAUAAAUAAUUUUCCUGACUACAAUCUCCUUAUUCAUGCAAAAGUAAAUAAAUACAUAUGUACAGGUAUAACCGUCGAACCAAAAAAAUCUUUUUCUUUUUAGGAAGCCCUAAAAUGCAUGGAAUGAGUGUGGAAGAGUUGCCAUUAGCCAGUGCUGAGCCUGUGGAUUUCUCUAGAAUCUCCAACUAUCAUGGCCGAGCUAGAUACCCCCUGGCCAAAGCUCAUGGUAAAAUGUUUAUUCCUAACUAAUAUAUGAUUUCAUUACAAAAAAUGUAUUUAUACCAAUAUGCUGCUGCUUUUCCAAAUUUACCAAUUGCUGUUUGGGUUUAAAUCAACAAAAAUGACCAGCAUUUCUUAUGUUUUUUGUUUUUUUUAAUCUGGUACUAAAUUAAUUAAAACAAUCUUUCUGUUGCCAGGUUGUCUGAUGAUUCUAGCUUGGGUCUUCUUUGCAUCCCUUGGAUUGCUCCUAACUAAAUACUACAAACCAAUGUGGCCAAAUUCAAGGAUCUUUGAACACAGAUACUGGUUCUUUGUAAGAAGUUUUUUUGUUUGUUUUUUUUUUUAAGUUAUAAAAGUUUAAAAGGGUAAAAGAAAAGUUUUUCUCUACAAUUUUUUUUACUUCCUUGACGAAAAUCAAGAGCGCUCAGGAUUAUAAUUUGAAAACAAAUGCAAAUCCAUUAGAUCAAAGAGUAAAAAAUUCAUUUUAUUUUUACAACUCCCUUGGUCUGUGUGCAUUUUUUAUCAAGCAAACUACAAAUAGGGUACCUAAAUUCAUUUUUAUCUUGAUAUAGUAUGGAUCAAAAUUUGAAGCCAUUUUUACAUAUUAAAAAAAUAUGUUAAAAAACAAGAGAUAUGGUAAGGCUUUAUGCUAGACAAAACACAAAUCAUUAAGACAGAAAGCUUAAAUCAGAACCACAAACAAAAGAGAAUAAUAACGCUAAAGGCAUUUUAGGAAAAUAUAUAUCAUGCAUUAAAGAAAAAAUUUGAUGUACUAAAUGAUUUUAAAUGGGGUCUAUGUAAACAUUAUAUACACAGCAGUGUAUGCACAGUAUAAUAUACACAGAAUUGUAUUUUGUAUACACAUUAUUUCAAAGUCAAUAUUUGUAGACCUGUUGUUUUUUUUUUAACUUAAAAUUUCAAAUAUACAAGAAUAUAAUCAUUCUAAGAAGCAUUAAAUGUUUCUGCACCCUUGUAUAUCGAAGUUACCAUAUCUAUUCUCACUUAUAUUGUUUUUCAGGGGCAUUUUAACUGCAUGGCGACCAUGUUUAUUGUCACGAUUAUAGCCAUCAUUCUCAUCUUUGUAGAAGCUGGAGGAUACAGUGAAGUAAGUCAUUAUGUUUAUUUCUGCCAGUGAGAGAAAACCAGACAUCCGUGAUAAUUGCAGCAUGUCAAAUUUUAUUCAGAUAGCAAAUCUUAUGAUAAAUUAGUUGCAUGCAGUGAUUGUUUUAGUGAAGUCGUUGAAUAAUAAUAGAAUUAUUUUUAUUAUUCCACAACCAGGCUCCUGAUUUGCCACAGAAAGCUCAUCCUAUCCUAGGCAUUAUCAUUUUGGUCUGCAUCAUCAUCAAUGUAAGUUUACACUUUGACACUGUACUGUCUACUAAAUAUAGAGGACAUCUAAAAUAUCACUAAUUUCAUCAUUAUUUUCACUAAGGAAAUUAAUUUCUUUUUUGGUAGAUAUGGUGGCUGGUUUUUACACUAGAGAAAUACUAUAUGCCUUGUUUUUACAUUUUUCUGAUUGUACAAUGUUGUCUUGGUUAAAAUGUGUAUUUAUUUAUGUGCUUAAAAUGAACAUGUAGAAUGUUAUCAAAAACAUUGCCAUUUAUUUGGGUCAAUAAAAGAAUAUAUUAUCUAUCAGGUAUUAUUUUCAAAUUAAGCUAAACAUUGUUAAUUUGUUGUAAACAUCUCUUUUAAAAAUAAGUUUCUAUCAAUGGUAAAAGAAGCAAAUAUUUUAUUAAAUCUGUUUCAGCCUAUCUUAGCACUGAUACGUCCAUCCGAUGAGAACAAAUGUCGCCCUGUCUUCAACUGGUUCCACUGGGCCUUUGGGACCAUUGCCAACGUUCUAGCCAGUAAGAAUUGUGCCAUUUCUUUUGUGUCAGACUGUUUUUAAUGUAACAUCGUUCUAAUCAAAGUAAUGUAUAUUAUACAUUUAGAUCAUACACAAAAAUCAAAACAUUAUAGGAUUGAAUUUAUCUCAGAAGUGGAGCUGAAGGGUUCUGACUCUUGGGCCCAAUCUUUGCUCUCACUUGGGGUUUAUUAGCACAAAAAAUGUAAGGAGUUCUUGGACUAAAGAAAUCACAUAUUGUUAUUUUUCUAACAAUUCCAGUUCCCACCAUAUUUAUUGGUAUGGACUUUGGCAAAGUUAUGGUGCCAUGGUGGGCCACUUGGAUACUGGUCAUCUGGGUCAUCUUCCAUAUUGCUGUGGAACUGUCUCUAGAGAUCCAUCAGUGCUGCACCCACAAGAAAAAUAAAGGUAAUCAUUGCUGAGCUUACGUCAUGAAAAUGUAGUUAUAUUUGCAUUAUAACAAAUUGGUAUUGAUUGGCAGUGAUCAAAAUAAUAUUUCUUAUAUCGAACUUGUUGAUAAAAUCUAUGUUCAUUUUGUAUCCCAUGGCUGAAGUUCCAGGGUGUUCCUUUUUCUCAGCAUAAAAGUAUGCCCAGAAUUAGUUUUGAAAACUAUAAACAUCACUAAACCUUCUUCAAAUGAAUUGCAAAAAAGGUGGUGUGUCUAAGAAUUUAUUGUACAGUGCUGGAGCUCAUGUCUUCCAAGCUGCUCAUUUGUACAGUGCUGGAGCUUAUGUCUUCCAAGCUGCUCAUUUGUACAAUGCUGGAGCUCAUGUCUUCCAAGCUGCUCAUUUAUACAGUGCUGGAGCUCAUGUCUUCCAAACUGCUCAUAUCAAUCUCAUGAAUAUACUCAGUUGCCCUACCGCCCUCAUAUUUUUUUUUUUUUUGCAGAGCGUAAAAAGAAGUGGGAACUAACAAAGAAAGAGCACCCCAAACUGCACCACCCUGAGCCAGAGCCGGCUGUAAGUUCAACACAAUCAUUUAAUCAUUUACAAGCUUGCCAUGUCAUUGAAUUAUGAAGUCCAAGUUCUUUUAUUCCCUCAUCAUUUUACAUCAUGAAAAUUUGAACUUCAUCAUGAAGCUUGUUGUGGUAAUGUUAGAAGAAUGAAGUAUGGCUGAAUCAUACAAGUAUCAGAGACAGCAUAUUUACAUAGUCAUAUAUUGAGCCACAUUUUGGGGUUUUUGUUGGUACAACAGGAAGAGAUCAAUACUAAAUUUUAAUUUUUUUAUUUUUCAGGGUCGUAGAUUCAAGCGUUUCAUGCUGUUCCUCCACAUCGGCUUCACCGCCCUGAUCACUCUGAUUAUGAUCAUCAUAAUUGCUGUGUCUUAAUUUAUUCUCUCAGUUUGUACAACUUUUUGUUAGGAUAAAUAUAAAAUUGAGUUGCAAGUUUAGUAUCAAAUUGUGCAUUACAGCUUGAAGCCACUUUAAUACACAUGGAAUCAAAAUAUUUUAAUAAUUUUUUGUCAGUAUGUUUUAGUGAAAGAAAAUAUUUGUUGCAUAAGUUAAUCUUUUUUUUUUUAGUUCAUGUUUAGUACCAUACUCUUAAUUUUUUCUUGUGUUAAUAUUGCAUUUUUGUCCAUCAAAUUUUUUUUUUUAAAAAGAAAAAUGUUUUUAAAGCUAUUGGUGAGCUUAUAAAUGUAAUUUUCACUAAAGGUUUUCCACUUUUUGCAUGUGAAAAUCUGCAUGUAAAAGCAGAAACAUCUUUCAAUUACAGGAACUUAAAUUCCUAUAGAUAAACUUUUCAUAGCUCUUUGACUUUUGAGAUUGUUUUUAAAACAAUAUUGACAUAUGUAUUAUUGCAGGGGUGUACAGAAGAAAGACCAUGACGCCUUAACAUUUUAAAGUUUGAUUCAUUGUUUUCUUUGCCCAUUUUUACACACACACAUAGCAAUGACCCCUGAGAAAAAGGUCAGGUCCUGAAUUAUUUUAGAUAUGUCUACACCCCUUAUGUUAUUGUCAAAAUGUGCCAGUUUUCUUGUAAGGUCAGUGCAGAAAAAUUAUUUACCUUACAGAGUUUUGGAGUUUUAAAUAAUUGUGCUCUUAAGUUUUAUACAUCAUUAAAUAUAUUAUCUAUGUUUGUGUUGUAUUGAGUUCCAACGUGAUGUUCAAAAUUUCAAUCUUAUCCUGUAAAACCACUAUACAAUAUGUAAUAACUAUCUUGUAUGAGAUGAUAAUAAAUCUCACUGCUCGGUCUAAUGGGUCAAACAAUCGUGUACAUAAUCGCUCUGAUUUAUGGUGAUUAUUCUUUUUCUUUCAUACUUUGAUUUUCUUGCAUUACCUAUGCGGUGUAGUAAACAUCACGUUGUACUCUGGUAGGGUAUUGGUGUAAUUAGUUGCUUGAAUACAUCUGCAAAUUUACAUGUGCUGUAGAUGCAGCAAGACUGAAGGUAAAUAGAUGUUAGGAAAUUUUGUUGUUUUUUUUUGUUUACUUUUUGCAGUUGAUCACAAUAAAAAAUUUAAUUUUGUGAUGGCUGAACUUUUUUGUUUAAAUUUAACUCAUGAAAUUUUGGCUGUUUAGUAAUUUUACAUGAAGGAAGUUUGGCUGUCUUUUUGUUUUGUUUUUUUGGGGUGUAAUUUACAUGAAAUUUUUACAACUGAAAUAUUUUCAGAUAAUAUUAUUUUAUUUAUUUUUUUAGAACAUAUGUUACGGUAUGAGUGUGUAACUAGGGUUGUCUGACUAUUACUUGCGUUGGUGUGUACUGCAUGUAGAAUGUUGUAUGUGUACAUUAUAUGCUUAUAUAUAUCUACACUCAACAAAAAUAAUAAUUUGUACCAACUGUGGUGCUUUUUUUCUUCUGAGUGUAACGUUUUUAUUUUUUAAAUAAAUAUUCAUGCCUUAGUGUAGGUAGCUUUUAUGUAUAAAGAGUUGUAUUCAUUUUUCCUUUAAAAUGACAUUACGGGCAGCAUGUUAGAUUAGGUUCAUGCAGUACGGUACGCUGUUCCAAGGAAGCUCCAAAACAAUUUGAAUAGAGGUGAGAGAGGUGUUGCAGAAAAAUACUCUGCUCUAAAUUAUUUGUGUUUUAAAAGUUAGCUCUCUUGCUACAACUUCUGAGCUGAGGAUAUUUUAGACAAAUGUCUUGAAAUUGUGAACUGUCUAGACCAGGGGUGUCAAACUCAAUCGCUUGGCGGGCCAAAACUCAAUAACAUGUAAGGUUGCGGGGCGAACAGGAUAAACAUUCAAUAAGCCAAAAAUUAAUCUUUUUACAAAACAUUUAUAUAAAUGAAAACAGAAAAAAGUUUUAAUAAUUAAAAAUCAUUGGCAUACCCAUUUUCAUUCUUACAGUGGAUGUUUUGGCACAUUUUCAUGGCUACAAAAACAAGUAACGUUCUGUGUCAUUGAGAUUCUCAUGAUGGACUGCAGUGUUCUUCAGUGAGAUAACUCCUUUAUGAUGUUUUGUUAAUUUUCAUCACAGAAAACAGCUGCUCACACAUAUUUGUGUUAACCAACAUGCUCAAGGAUUGAGCCGCAUGUUGACGAAGCUGCAGCAUCUCUUCAGGAAUAAAACGAGUGAACUGUGCAGGCCCAACUGUGUCGUGCUUUGCCUUUAGUGUCCCAUUACACUGCAACUCUAUUAGCUCCAACUGCAAAUUUACAGGUGCAGUUUCCACGUCUAUGAAAAAUGGCUUACGAAAUAGCUUGAAAUUACAUUUAUGUGCUUUAAAGUCACUAAAUCGCCGUGCGAACUCGGUAAGCUUAAAUUUUCAGCAAAGUGUGCGUUGGGAAACACCAUAGCGUUAACUUGGAUAUAAAUUAUGUAUGCCGGUCGAGACCUCUCGUGUCUGAUAUAAUUGUACCACGGGCCGGAUGUGGCCCGCGGGCCUUGAGUUUGACACAUGUGGUCGAAUUAAGCCAGCUUUAUUUACAACACUAUACAUAGUCUAAUUACAUUACAUGCAAGUUUUAUUGGUGCUAUUUAUACUUGUAAAGUUUAUCUGUUUAUCCACACUUCUUGAUCUAUUGCUGUAAUGUUUCAAGUCUACAAUGAAACUCACAUUGUUCUUUAUUUGGUAUUUAUACAAUUAUAUUCUCACAAACUUAGAUCUGAUU